CAACUUCAACAGCGAGUUCUAACCAAAGAAUGAUGCGUUCUACCGGAUUGCAGCGGCUUCAUAGUCUUGCUAUCAGUACUUUCAAAGACUCAGCGAGAGUUUUACUUGAUUCACACUUCAAAUCGGCUUCCUUCUCCAAGAUUCUUCUUCGUCCGAUUGCAUUCAAAUGGAACAGUGGCAAUCAUGUCCCUAUGAUCAGACAACAUCAGUUUUCCAAUGUUCCUACCUCACCAUCAUCACUCUCAGCAGAGGGCAAUACAAAAGCUAAGAUAGUACUAAAUCCGGAUUCCCCCGCCUCUGAAAAUGCAAAAGUAGCAUCAACGCCGAAAAGAGCGGCUCGAAAGGGUAAAAAAUCCGAUAGAUAUUCAACUCUUGCGGGCCGAUGGACAGCAGGGGAGGAUGCAGUAAUAUUGGAGCUCUUAAAGCAAAAGGCAUCUAUGCCCGUGUUUUUCCAACGAUUCCCCGACAGGACGACGGAUGCGAUUCAUUGCAGGACAUCGAUACUUCGUCGAAGGACAAAAACAAAUGAAAACGAAACGGAUAGCGUUACGGCCGUAGGCCACUCUGAUAGUGAAGAGGAUUACAGCGACCCAGAUCUUGAUUUUAAACGUGGCGUUCCUAUACCCGUAUCCUGGACUGAGGAAGAAGAUCAAAUGCUUUGUGAUAGAGUCCGUUUGUUUACUGAUAAACGUGGGAAUAUUAGGUGGGCAGACGUCGUGAAUAAACUUAUCAAUGGACGGCGAAUCGACCGUACUACGGCGAGUUGUAGGAGACGAUGGGAAGUUCUUAAUCCCUCAUCGAAUACCAAGUUAGGAUUUUGGUCUAUAGAGGAAAGCAACAGGCUCAUAGCGGCUGUGAACAAGCAAUUGGGGCAUUCACCAAAGAGUCCCAACUUCAAGAUGGACAGUAAUAUUAGUUUGGUCAACUGGCAGAGUGUUGCGAAGGAAGUGAAAUCGCGAACUGAUAUGCAAUGUAGAAAUCGGAUGUACAAGACCUUGAUGAACUUGCAAGAAGGACCAUGGGCAGAAGAGGAAAACAUGGCGUUCCAUGAAGGAAUAGCCAGAUAUGGACUGGAUUGGAAAAAGAUUGCAGAACUGGUAGUAACUCGCUCCCCAUAUCAGGUUAUGAGAAAGUAUCACAUCAACUUGCGGUCGCAAGAGAGAAAACAAAGACAUCAGGAGUUUAUUCAUCAAAAGUAAAUAAAUUAAACUAAAC